AUGCGUGCUAAAUCUACUCGUACUGCAAAAAGACAAACCCCUCUCUCGUUCCAAGCUACAUCUGGUAUUGAGACGCGAACGGUAGAAUCUUCUCAAUCAACGGAACCGAACUACAGUGAAAUGUCUGCAUCUGACCUCAUUAGCUCUAUUGCGGAACGGAACAAAGACCCUGUUAUAGGCAAAAUGCUGACAGUACUUGCUGAAAAAGUUAAAACGGAUUUUGUCGAACAGUUGGAAGCAGACAAACGGUCACGUAGCAUAGUUAUAAGUGGUCUGCCUGAGUCUGGGGGUUCCUCGUCUUCCUCAGGGAAGCUGGACGACUUUGAGGACGAAGUCAACGAUAUUUUUCUCGCGCUUAAUGUAAGCUGUCGCCCGAUUGACCUGUAUCGGAUGGGAAAACCUAAUCUCUCUCGUCCGCGCCUAGUAAAAGUCGUCCUCCCGCCUCAGUUCUGCUGGCGUCGUGUCCUUGCUAAUGCGCGUCUUCUUCAAAGUGUUGGUCUUCCCAAUGUUUAUAUACGCAGAAGAAGGCCCCCAUAUGAAAGGAAGCGUGAGUAUGAACUAAGGCAGGAGGCACGAGAGCGUAACAAAGAAGUACUCAGCGAUCUUGCUAUUGUAAAUCAUCAUGCAGUCAUUCUUGGCGACUUUAAUCUGCAUAUAGAUUGGGUCAACUCAAUAGCUUUUAACGCGGCUUCAUCGCUUUAUUUGGAUUUCUUCUCUAAUGCCGGGUUACUUCAAAAUGUGAACCUGCCUACCCACUCCGAUAGAAUUCUUGACAUUAUCCUUACUCCUGGCAUUUAUACUCUUGACGUCAAGCUUCUUCCGCCGCUACCCUCAUCCGACCUCGCUAUUAUCCAUUUUGAUUCACCUGUAAUUAUGUUAGCACCAGGAAAUCCUAUGCCCAACUUUUUUCAUGCCAACUACUCCUCUUUGAACAAUUAUUUUUCCGGCGUUUAUUGGUUUACUAUUUUUGAUCAAUACUCCUUAUGUUCUGACAUCUAUUCCAGAUUCUGUAAGAAGGUUUACGAGGGUUUGGCCAAAUUUGUUCCUUUUCGAUUCCCUCGCUCUUUUUCCUUGAAACUACCAUGUCAACUGAAAUCUUCGUACUCUCAGAGGCUACGUCUUUUUGAGGAGUUAGAUGACCCCUUACGUAGUUCACUAUACAAGGAAGUAUGUUCUGACAUUGACUUCCAUAUGAAGAGAUACCAUGCUUAUCGGGAGCGACGCUUAUUGCGCAGAGAAUCCAUGGAGCCCUUCUAUUUAUACUUAAGACAUAGAAUGAAGGGGAAUGCAAGGCUUCCGAUUCUCGUGGAUCAGACAGGAGCCACCUAUGUUACAGAUACUGAUAAAGCUAAAGCUCUAUCUGUGCAUUUUGCAAAUGUCUUUUCUUCAACCUGCAGCGAUAUCAUUCCAGAAAUUGUUGGCAUAGCUCCUGUCCAACAGCAGUGCAGUAACAUGCUUUUCCACCCCACUGAUAUUUACAAACACCUAAAAUCUCUUAAGCCGUCGGUUAGUGAAACGUAUGAUGGAAUCCCACCUAUUGUAUAUGAGGAGUGUGCUGCUACUUUAUCUCCUCCUCUAGUUCACAUCUUCAACAUCUCAUUAUCAUUAGGUGAAGUCCCAGAAGGCUGGAAAAACGCCAUUGUCACAGCCAUUCCAAAUUCUCCAAUACAAGUUUACUUGAAUCAACGAACAACUGCUGCAGUUCGAACACCAGCCGGAUGUACAACACCGUUUGAAGUGGUAACUGGAGUAAGACAAGGGGCGGUGGCAGGACCCUUCCUGUUCAAUUUCGCCAUCGACGACAUUAUGCGAAGAACAGUCGACCAGUGUCCUGCCGACAUUGUCUUAGCACCAUCACCGUGCCCAUUAGCUGACUACCAGAGACCGGUAGAUCGCCUUGUCCAACGAGUUCUGAAGAGUUCGUCGAGUUUGAACUGGAAGAAGCCACCUGGGCGAAAACGGAAGUUCUGGACUGAGGUGAUAAAAGAGGACCUGAGGACACUCGGCGUGGAUAGGCAGUUCAGACGAGACGUAAGAUUGUUAGCUCGCCCCACCAAAAUGACGGAUUCAAAGUACUUCACAACCACCAAGAAGGGUGAAAUAUUUGAACUCAAGACUGAGCUGAACUCAGACAAAAAAGAAAAGAAGCGAGAAGCUGUCAAGAAAGUCAUUGCAAGUAUGACUGUAGGGAAGGAUGUUAGUGCUCUCUUCCCGGAUGUCGUCAACUGUAUGCAGACGGACAAUGUGGAGUUGAAGAAGCUUGUUUAUUUGUAUCUUAUGAAUUAUGCUAAGAGCCAACCGGAUCUUGCUAUAAUGGCUGUAAACACUUUUGUCAAGGACUGCGAAGAUCCGAACCCACUGAUCCGAGCUCUCGCAGUCCGGACCAUGGGAUGCAUUCGAGUUGAAAAGAUUACUGAAUAUCUUUGCGAGCCUUUGCGUAAAUGUAUGAAGGACGAAGACCCAUAUGUGCGUAAAACGGCAGCAGUCUGCGUGGCAAAACUUCAUGAUAUGAACCCUAAAUUAGUAGAAGAGCAAGGUUUUGUUGAACUUCUUAACGAUCUCCUUUCUGAUGCUAAUCCAAUGGUAGUUGCUAAUGCUGUAGCUGCCUUAACGGAGAUUAACGAGCAAAGACCACUUAUCGAGGUAAACAGCCAGAUGGUGAACAAAUUGCUAACUGCUUUGAACGAGUGCACGGAGUGGGGCCAAGUCUUCAUUCUGGAUGCCCUUGCCAGUUAUCGACCCCGUGACGAAAGGGAGGCUCAGAACAUAUGUGAACGCAUAUCUCCUCGCCUUGCGCAUGCCAAUGCGGCAGUCGUUCUUUCUACUGUGAAAGUUCUCAUGAAAUUAGUAGACAUGCUGCCUUCUGACUCUGAGUUCAUAAAUCAGCUAACCAAAAAACUAGCACCUCCAAUGGUUACCUUACUUUCGGCUGAGCCGGAAAUCCAGUACGUUGCCCUUCGAAACAUUAAUCUUAUUGUCCAGAAGAGGCCGGACAUAUUGAAACAAGAGAUGAAGGUAUUUUUCGUUAAAUACAACGAUCCAAUCUAUGUUAAAAUGGAAAAGCUGGACAUCAUGAUUCGCCUUGCACAGCAGAACAAUAUUGCUCAGGUGCUAAGCGAGCUCAAAGAGUACGCCACUGAAGUGGAUGUCGAUUUUGUUCGUAAAUCUGUUCGUGCUAUUGGCCGAUGUGCCAUAAAGGUAGAGGCUAGCAGUGAGCGCUGCGUUGCCACCCUCUUAGAGCUUAUCCAGACGAAGGUUAACUAUGUUGUGCAGGAAGCUGUUGUUGUUAUAAAGGAUAUCUUCCGUAAAUAUCCGAAUCGCUAUGAAAGUAUCAUAUCUACUUUAUGUGAGAAUUUGGAUACAUUAGAUGAACCUGAAGCUCGGGCCUCUAUGAUAUGGAUUAUUGGCGAAUACGCCGAAAGGAUUGAUAAUGCGGAUGAAUUACUCGAGAGUUUUGUUGAAGGAUUUCAUGACGAAAACACUCAAGUCCAGCUGCAACUUCUUACUGCUGUAGUGAAAUUGUUCUUGAAGAGACCUACUGAUACUCAACAGCUAGUCCAACGUGUUUUGUCCCUAGCCACACAAGAUAGUGAUAAUCCUGACUUGAGAGAUCGUGGAUAUAUUUACUGGCGACUAUUGUCCGCAGACCCAGCUGCGGCAAAACAGGUAGUUUUGGCGGAGAAACCUCUCAUCUCCGAGGAGACGGAUUUAUUGGAACCUUCACUGCUAGAUCAGUUGGUUUGUCAUAUCGGGAGCUUGGCUUCUGUGUACCACAAGCCUCCUUCUUCGUUUGUAGAUGGGACGAGACAACCGCUGCGUUCCGGUACUGGUGUGACAAACGGCCAAUCGUCUAUCGACUCUACAGGUGGAUCUGCAUCAGGCGCAAAUCGACCUUCUGCCCCCACGGUCAUUCCUUCACAGGAUACCCUCAUUGCUGACCUUCUAUCUCUCGACAUCUCUACCCCUAUGGGCGUACAAGUGAACGCUAUGCCAGCAUAUGUGCCGAUGGCGUCAUCAGGAGGCCUAGAUGAUCUACUAGGUCUCGGUGGUCCUUCUCUUGUGGAUGCUGCUCCUCCAGUUCCUGCUGCAACUACGUUUGAUCCUCUUGCCAACCUCGGUUUCGGUGGUCCUGUUACUGCCCCUGUUGCUGCUACCCCAACAGCAACCGCAGCACCUGCUUCUUUAGGUGGUCUGGGAGAUAUCUUCAGUGGAUCCUUAGGAAUUAUAGAGACCGUAGCAUCAGGAUAUCAAGCGCCAAAACAGCUGUGGUUGGACGCAGCUAGGGGCAAAGGCACACAAAUAGAAGGUACUUUCAUUCGACGUGGUGGAGCUAUUCAUAUGGAGAUGACAUUCACAAACAAGGCAAUGCAACCUUUGUCGGGAUUCGCGAUCCAGUUCAACAAGAACUCGUUUGGCUUGGUACCUGCUGAACCUUUGAGGGUUCCUACGCCUCUUGUGCCUGGACAAAGUGCUAAUGUAACAUUGCGGUGUGACACCACUGGAGCUGUGCAAAGAAUGGAGCCGCUCACAAAUUUACAAGGGAAGCCUUCUUAA